AUGCUGUCAGAUAUACCAAUUGAUUUCACGGAGGUAACUCAAUUAACUGAUUGGGGUAUUCCUCAACAAUCAUUAGAUUUCAAAUCAACCACAUUAGAAUCAGAUAGAUAUAUAUGUUCUCGUGAAUCAGGUCCUCAAGGUAAUUCAGUUGCCAUUGUUGAUUUACAAAAUUUAAAUAAUCAACCAACUAGAAAAAAUAUGACUGCGGAUAAUGCAAUUAUGCAUCCAAAAGAAUUUGUUAUUAGUUUAAGAGCAAAUGGUACAACUUUACAAAUUUUUAAUUUAGGUACAAAACAAAGAUUAAAAGCAUAUACAAUGAAUGAACCAGUUAUAUUUUGGAAAUGGCUUGAUGAUCAACAUUUAGGUUUAGUUACUCAAUCAUCAAUUUAUUAUUGGAAUGUAUUUGAUGGUACAAAUGAUGGACCAAUAAAAUUAACAGAUAGACAUCAAAAAUUAAAUAAUUCUCAAAUUAUUAAUUUUGUUGCUGAACCUGAUUUAAAUUGGUUUGCAGUUACUGGUAUUGCACAAGAAGAUGGUAGAAUAGCAGGUCAUAUUCAAUUAUAUUCAAAAGCAAGAAAUGUAUCACAACCUAUUGAUGGUCAUGUUUGUAAAUUUGCUUCAUUAACUUUAAAUGGAUCUAUACAACCAACAAAAGUAUUUAUCGUUGGUAAUAAAAAUGCUUCUGGUCAAGGUAGUAUGCAUAUAAUUGAAAUUGAUCAUGUUGAUGGUAAUCCCCAAUUUCAAAAAAAAGUUGUUGAUAUUUUUUUCCCACCAGAUGCAAGUAAUGAUUUUCCAAUUAGUUUACAAGCUUCAAAUCAAUAUGGUAUUAUUUAUAUUCUUACAAAAUAUGGUUUCAUUCAUUUAUAUGAUAUGGAAACUGGUGCGAAUUUAUUUGUUAAUAGAAUCACAUCUGAUCCAGUAUUUACAGCAACAAGUUUUAAUGAUGGAAAAGGAUUAUUAACUAUAAAUAAAACUGGUCAAGUAUUAAGUGUUGAAAUUAGUAGAGAAAAAAUUAUUCCAUAUGUAUUAGAUAAAUUAUCUAAUGUACCUUUAGCUUUAGCAUUAUCAUCAAGAGGUGGAUUCCCAGGUGCUGAAAAUUUAUUUAAUCAACAAUUUCAAACUUAUUUAAAUCAAGGUGAUUAUACUAAUGCUGCUAAAGUUGCUGCAUCAUCUGAACAAUUACGUACUCAAGAUACAAUUAAUAAAUUAAAACAUAUUACUCCUCAACCAGGUCAAAUUUCUCCAAUUUUACAAUAUUUUUCAACUUUAUUAGAUAAGGGCACUUUAAAUAAAUAUGAAUCUAUUGAAUUAGCUAAACCAGUAUUGCAACAAGAUCGUAAACCAUUAUUUGAAAAAUGGUUAAAAGAAGAUAAAUUAACUUCUUCAGAAGAAUUAGGAGAUAUUGUAAAAUCUUAUGAUACAGCAUUAGCAUUAGCAGUAUAUAUAAGGGCUCAUAUACAUGUUAAAGUUGUCUCAAGUUUAGCUGAAUUAGGACAAUUUGAUAAGAUAUUACCAUAUUGUGAAAAAGUUGAUUAUCAUCCAGAUUAUACAAAUUUAAUACAAAAUUUAGUUCGUGUUAAUCCUGAUAAAGCAAGUGAAUUUGCUACUUCAUUAUUAGCUGGAGAUUCAAAUUUAAAUAUUGAACAAAUUGCUGAUUUAUUUUUUUCACAAAAUUAUAUUCAACAAGGUACUGCAUUUUUAUUAGAUGCGUUAAAAAAUGAUACACCUGCAGAAGGUCAUUUACAAACAAAAGUUUUAGAAAUUAAUUUAUUACAUGCUCCACAAGUUGCAGAUGCUAUAUUAGGUAAUCAAAUGUUUAGUCAUUAUGAUAAACCAACUAUUGGUAAAUUAGCUGAAAAAUCAGGAUUAUUUCAAAGAGCUUUAGAACAUUAUGAUGAUUUAAAAGAUAUUAAAAGAGUGAUUAUACAUACAAAUGUUUUACCAAAUGAUUGGUUAGUUUCAUAUUUUGGUCAAUUAAAUGUAGAUCAAUCAAUAGCUUGUUUAAAAGAAUUAUUUAGUCAUAAUUUACAACAAAAUUUACAAGUUAUAAUUCAAGUUGCAACAAAAUAUUCAGAUUUAAUUGGUGCAAAAAAAUUAAUUAAAUUAUUUGAAGAAUAUAAAUGUAAUGAAGGAUUAUAUUAUUAUUUAAGUUCAAUUGUUAAUUUAACUCAAGAUCCAGAUGUUGUUUUUAAAUAUAUCCAAGCAGCUGCAAAAGCAGGUCAAACUAAAGAAAUUGAAAGAAUUGUUAGAGAUAAUAAUGUUUAUAAUGGUGAAAAAGUUAAAAAUUUCUUGAAAGAAGCUAAAUUAGAUGAUCAAUUACCAUUAGUUAUUGUUUGCGAUAGAUUUAAUUUCAUUCAUGAUUUAAUAUUAUAUUUAUACAAAAAUCAACAUUUCAAAUUCAUUGAAGUAUAUGUUCAAUCAGUUAAUCCAAGUAACACACCACAAGUUGUUGCUGGAUUAUUAGAUGUUGAUUGUGAUGAAGCUAUAAUUAAAAAUUUAUUAAUGUCUGUAUUAGGUAGAGUUCCAAUAAAAGAAUUAGUUGAAGAAGUUGAAAAAAGAAAUAGAUUAAAAAUUUUAUUACCAUAUUUAGAAAAGACAUUAGAAGGUGGUUCAAGUGAUCAGGAAGUUUUUAAUACUUUAGCUAAAAUUUAUAUUGAUUCAAAUAAUUCACCAGAAAAAUUUUUACAAGAAAAUAAUCAAUAUGAUACUUUAGUAGUUGGUAAAUAUUGUGAAAAAAGAGAUCCAUAUUUAGCUUAUAUUUGUUAUUCAAAAGGAGGAAAUGAUGAACAAUUAAUUAAUAUAACAAAUGAAAAUAAGAUGUAUAAAUAUCAAGCAAGAUAUUUAUUACAAAAAUCUGAUCUUGAUUUAUGGAGUACUGUUUUAACUUCAGAUAAUAUUCAUAGAAGACAAUUAGUUGAUCAAAUUAUUUCAACUGGUAUUCCAGAAUUAGAUGAUCCAGAACCAAUUUCAAUUACUGUAAAAGCAUUUAUGGAUAAUGAUUUACAAGAAGAAUUAAUGGAAUUAUUAGAAAAAAUCAUUUUAGAACCAUCAGCAUUUAGUGAAAAUUCAUCAUUACAAGGUCUUAUGAUACUUACUGCUAUAAAAGCUGAUUCAUCAAAAGUUUCAAAUUAUAUUGAAAAAUUAGAUAAAUUUGAUCCAAAUGAAAUUGCACCAUUAUGUAUUGAAAAUGGUCUUAAUGAAGAAGCAUUUGAAGUUUAUGAUAAAUUUGGUUUAAGAUCAGAAGCAAUGAAAGUUUUAGUUGAAGAUAUUGUUUCAUUAGAUAGAGCUGAACAAUAUGCUGAAAAGUAUGAUACUUCAGAAUUAUGGUAUCAAUUAGGUACUGCACAAUUAGAUGGUUUAAGGAUACCAGAAGCAAUUGAUUCAUAUGUUAAAUCUAAAAAUCCUGAAAAUUAUGAACAAGUUAUUGAAAUUGCUGAACAUGCAGGUAAAGAAGAAGAAUUAUUACCAUUUUUAGAAAUGGCAAGAGAAACUUUAAGAGAACCAAUUAUUGAUGGGGCUUUUAUUAAUGCUUAUGCUACAUUAGAUAAAUUAAAUGAUAUGGAAAAAUUUGUAUCUUCAUCAAAUGUUGCAGAUUUAGAAACUAUUGGUGAUAAAUUAUUUGAAUCUAAAAAUUAUAAAGGAGCUAAAAUUUUAUAUGCUAAUGUUUCAAAAUAUUCAAAAUUAGCAACUACAUUAGUUUAUCUUGGUGAUUAUCAAGCAGCAGUUGAUUGUGCAAGAAAAGCUUCAAAUACAGAAGUUUGGAAACAAGUUAAUAAUGCAUGUAUUGAAAAUAAAGAAUUUAGAUUAGCUCAAAUUUGUGGUUUAAAUUUAAUUGUUGAUGCAGAAGAAUUACCAGAAUUAGUAAAAACUUAUGAAUACAAUGGAUAUUUUAAUGAAUUAAUUGCAUUAUUUGAAAGUGGUUUAGGAUUAGAAAGAGCUCAUAUGGGUAUGUUUACUGAAUUAGCUAUAUUAUAUUCAAAAUAUAGUCCAGAAAAAGUAAUGGAACAUUUAAAAUUAUUUUGGUCAAGAAUAAAUAUUCCAAAAGUUUUAACAGCUUGUGAAACUGCUCAUUUAUAUCCAGAAUUAAUUUUCCUUUAUUGUCAUUAUGAAGAAUGGGAUAAUGCUGCAUUAACAAUGAUUGAAAAAUCAGAAACUUGUUUUGAUCAUAGUUCAUUUAAAGAAAUUAUUGUUAAAGCUCCAAAUUUAGAAAUUUAUUAUAAAGCUAUUCAAUUUUAUAUUAAUGAACAACCAAAUUUAUUAGUUGAUUUAUUAUCAGUUUUAACUCCAAAAUUAGAUUUACCAAGAGUUGUUAGAAUGUUUGUAAAAUCAGAUAACCUACCAAUGAUUAAACCAUUUUUAAUUUCAGUAUUAGAAAAAAAUAAUAGUGUUGUUAAUUCAGCUUAUCAUGAUUUAUUAAUUGAAGAAGAAGAUUAUAAAGCUUUAAGAUCAUCAAUUGAAAAUGAAUCAAAUAAUAGAUUUAAUAAAUUAGAUUUAGCUGAAAGAUUAGAAAAACAUGAUUUAAUAUUUUUUAGACAAAUUGCAGCAACAUUAUUUGCAAAAGAGAAAAAAUAUAAUAAAGCUAUAUCAAUUUUAAAAGCUGAUAAAUUAUGGUCAGAUUUAUUAUCAGUAGUUGCACAAUCAAAAUCUCAAAAAAUUGCUCAUGAAACAAUAGAUUAUUUUGUUGAAACAGGUAAUCAUGAAUGUUUUGUUGCACUUUUAUAUACAUCAUAUGAAUUAAUUGCAAAUGAUUAUAUUGUUGAAUUAUCUUGGUUACAUAAUUUAGGUAAUUUUAUAAAACCAUAUGAAAUUUCAAUUAUUUAUGAAAAUCAAAAAAAAUUAAAUCAAGUUUAUGAUGAUUUAGAAAAAAGAAGAAAUGCUGAAAAUCAAGGUGAAGAAGAAAAUGGUGGAGCUAAAUUAAUGAUUGGAUUUUGA